UCUAACAUAUUCUGGUUUAUGUUGUUCAACGAUUCAGGUGUUAUUUUGUGCAAUUUGUUUGUCAUUUAUUAUUUUCUUGUUUUGUGAAAAAUUGGAAUACAUUUACUAUUAAACAGCAUGCCACAUAUGGUGACAAUGGAAAAUGGUCAAAGUCAGACCAUCCAAGAAAUGUUAGGUUGCAUUGAAAGAUACAAUCCCGACCAUUUGAAGACAUUGGAAGCAUACGUUGAAGAUCAAGCUAGAGGUAAUACCUACGAUUUGGAAGCUAAUCUAGCCGUUUUGAAGUUGUAUCAAUUCAAUCCACAUAUGUUGAAUUUCGAUAUUACUUAUACGAUCCUCUUGAAAUGCUUAACUAACUUACCACACACUGAUUUCGUCAUGGCCAAAUGUUUGUUGUUGCCACAACAGAUGAAAGAUGAGACGGUUCAAAUUAUAAUUAAUUUAGCUGAUAUAUUAGAGCGAGCUGAUUUCACUUUAUUCUGGCAAAGAGCGGAAGUUAAUCAAACUUUGUUCCGACAUAUUAACGGCUUUCAUGAUUCUAUACGAAAGUUUGUAUGCCAUGUCGUUGGUACUACCUUCCAAACUAUUAGGAAGGAAUUAUUAAAGGAACUAUUAGGAGGUAUCGAAGAUUCAACUUUGGAUCAAUGGAUGAAAAAAUAUGGUUGGAAACAUCAAGGAAGCUUAAUAUUGAUAGCAGCACAAGACGACAAAAUUAAAACCAAGAACAUUACCGAAAAGAUUGAGUUCGACAACCUGGGAGGGCUGAUGGCUCAAUGUUUGUAAAAGCCGCCUAUUUCUAACGUAUUAUGCACGAAAAGUUUUGGUUUUUUUUUUGAGAAAUGUGUAAAAUACGACUCCGCAACUACUUGUACAUAAACUUUAAAUGUAUCCAUCACAUUUAAAGGUAUGAAACAUCAGUUGUGCAAAAGAUCGUAUAA